AUGCCCAUCCCCCCGCGCCCAAUCCCGACCGCACCGGCCCACUCGCGCCGCCCCGCUGCUCGCCCAGGUGUGGUGACCCGCAAGGAGCACAAGGACCACCGCGGGUCUCUCCACUCGCUCGUCGCCGACAGCCGCGCCGAGAUGCAGCUGUUGCCGGCGUUCGGGUCCUCGGCACCGCCGCUCCAUGGCAUCCGCAUCACGGCCGGCUCCCCCUCGUCCUCGGGGUCGAGCACUCGCGCCUCCACGCCUCCGGCGGGGUUCCCAUCGGCCGCGUCGCGCGAGGUGGCCCUCACCACGCUGAUGAUGGACGGCCGCGGUCGGCCCAAACGCACGGGCGCCGCCGCCCAGCUCGGGUUUGACUUUGUUCCGCGCCCCGAGGUUGUGGCAAUGGGCGACAACGAGUCCAUAACACCUCCAGCCGUUACCGAGCCGGUUCCGACCCCUCCCCGUCCUUCUCUCUGGCCUUGGUCGGCCUUGUCAGCAGCUACGUCGCCUCGGCCUGCUGCUAGCCCACUCGUGACGGCUGUCGAAGUGGGAGAGCAACUAGCCGAGGCGCCAGAGCCUCGUCUUGCGGGGCCGGCCACACCCCCUCUGGAGCCUACACGUCCCGAUGAAGACGACGAUGACUGGGAGCACGUCUACGUCGGCGUCGACGAUGACGACACGGUCAGUAUUGUAGGCCAGCUGGAGCUCGAGGAACCUCCUGUCAAGCACGAGAACAGCAAGCUCCACCCUAGUUAUGCCGCGGCGGCCACGAUCAACACCUAA